CUGUGGGUGUUUACCCUUGAUUUCCAUAUUGCUGAUUACAGGUACAGCCAGAUUUUUCUGCUGAUGCCUGGAGGAAAGCUUACUAAUGCUAUCGAUGGAAUUCCUGCCGGUCCCCAGGCCCUUGAUGUGUUGAGGGCAGGAUUGAAUUUUCUGUUGGUCACACUCCUGUUUCUCUGCCCAGGAACAGAUGAACAUGGGCUGAAAAUCCAGACAACGGCAGCAGCUGCAGGAACAUUGCCUCAGCACUUCUGCGAUCGUGUGUCGGUGGAAUUCCAGGAGCUCUUUACCCAGUCAGGCGUCUCUUAUACUGACUUCAUCCGCACCACAGAGCCACGGCACAGACGGGCAGUGGAGCAUUUCUGGGCCACCCUCCAGGACCGGGGCUGGCUUUAUUUGGCCAAUUACGAAGGGUGGUACUGCACCGCUGAGGAAUGUUUUUUGGCUGCUUCUCAGGUCACUGAGCGCCCAGACUCCCAAGGCUGCAGGCACAUGGUUUCACUGGAAAGCGGCCACCAGGUACACUGGACCAAAGAAGAAAACUACAUGUUCCGACUGUCUGAGUUCCAGGAGCCUUUGCUAAGAUGGCUCCAAGAAAGUAGGCUUACUAUAACCCCUGAGCCAUUCUACCAGUUGGUGGUCCAGUGGCUAAAACAGGACCUGCCAGACCUUUCCGUCUCGCGAGACAGAAACCGGCUGCAGUGGGGCAUCCCUGUCCCCGGAGACUCGAUACAAACCAUCUAUGUCUGGGUGGAUGCCCUGGUCAACUACCUCACUGUUGUGGGUUAUCCUGACGACCACCGUAACUGGUGGCCUGCGGCCUGCCACAUUGUGGGCAAAGACAUCCUCAAGUUCCACGCCAUCUACUGGCCUGCCCUUUUGAUAGCAGCAGGGUUGGACCCUCCAGAGCAGAUCUUUGUCCAUUCCCAUUGGACAGUACAAGGACAGAAGAUGUCAAAGAGCCUGGGCAAUGUAAUAGACCCCAAAGCCUGUUUCCAACGAUACACGGUAGAUGGCUUUCGGUAUUUCCUGCUGAAACAGGGUGUCCCCGAGCAUGACUGUGACUACUAUGAUGAGAAGGUCAUCAAGCUGCUCAACUCAGAGCUGGCAGGUGUCUUGGGCGGGCUCCUCAAUCGCUGCACAGCCCCCAGCCUGAAUCCCAGUGGGACCUACCCACCUUUCUCAGAGGCAUGUUUCCCUAGAGAUGCAGGCACUCAAAAUGUCAGCGGGCUCAGGAAGGCUUCCGCAGAGGACUACAGACUAGUGUCUUCUGUGAAAGAGCUUCCUUUGCAAGUGAGCCGCUACUUUGAACGCUUUCAGAUCUACAAGGCUUUGGAAUCCAUUGUUGACUGCGCGAGGCAGACCAACGGCUUUAUCCAGAGGCAUAAGCCCUGGAAACUGAGUCGUGAGGACCCCGCACAGCGGCAGUGGCAGGACACCAUCCUCCAUAUCGCCUUGGAGUGUCUUCGGGUUUACGGGCUCCUCCUGCAACCGGUGAUCCCCGCCACUGCUGAUAAACUGCUCUCCAGGCUAGGGGUUGGUCCCGCAGAGAGAUCUUUAAAGAACUUGACAUUUCUUUCUCGCUAUCAUGACGAAGAAUGUCCCUUUGAAGGGAGGAAGCUUGGACCUGACACUGGGCUCUUAUUUCCUAGACUGGAGAAACCCAAAGCCAGAAGCCACGGGGGUCCUUAAACACUGAAGCACUAUAAUUCAGAGUAAAACUUUAGGGGACAAGAGGAUGUUGGAAGUGGGACUGAAUCUUCUGUGAACUGUUUUCAUGUUUUUGGGAGUAAAGUAGGCCGCUGUUGUCUAAUAAUGAUGUUUUGGCAAAAGAAUGACGGCAUAGGGUGUGUGUGCUCUUUUCAGUUUAUUUUGCAAGAGAAAGAGGAUUGACAUUCUCUCGGGUGAAAUUUCCCACUAGAUGCACCCUGGAAGGUUGGGGCUGACUCCCUUUCAGCUUCUUAGGGCAGUCCGGUUUAUAAUGUUCCUUCUCCCCACAAUUAAAACAAGUCAUCUCACCUGUCUGUGAGCGGGGCUUGCUAGCUGAAGCUGCAGGGUUAAGCUCUCUCGGGCUUUGUAAUCCACAUGGCAGGGCAGCUUUUCAAACUGUUGGAGUGCCCCCCCCAUGGCCUUUAAAAUGGUUGUCUUCUCUAAUAA